AUGAGUUUCUCAGCCGUUGAUCGGGACCAGAGGUCGUUCCAGCCUUUCCCAUCCGAGGUGGUGUUUGAGAACUACAUUCCCCACCAGUUCUACAUAGCGUCGCUAGCUCUGAGGAACAAAGACAGGGUUCCUCGUCUGCUGAACGUCACUGGGAACUCUCCUUACUUUGAGUUGAUCAGCCCGAGUGAUGAGGACUAUAAGGUAGCCCCGGGCACGUCUUCAACCUACCGCAUCCUUUUCCGACCUGAUGAGAACAAGGAUUAUUUUGAGGAGCUUAUCAUCAUCACAGAGAGGGAGAAGUUCUUUGUGCCUAUCCGAGCCAUAGGUGCCCGAGCCAGCCUGGACUUCCCUGAGGCAGCUGAACUUCUACUUGAGUGUCCAGUCAGGUUCAGCACCCAGAAGACUCUGCUGGUGCGCAACGUGGGGAAGCGGGAGGCUUGCUACAGCAUCACCACUCUGAGCCCUUUCUCUGUGGAUCCCUCCAUUGGGACUCUUGGCGUUGGAGAAGCGAUGCAAGUCACGGUGGAAUUUCACCCACCAAAGACCGGUGUUUAUACAAGUCCCAUGAUUGUUCACUAUGACACAGGUGAAGAUGUUCACAAAAGCCUCUGUGGAGCAGCUGUAAAUGCCGACAUCAGGCUUGACAAGAGCUCCUUGACAGUUGAGAAGACUUCCCUCACGCUGUCAAAGCAAAGUUCCCUGGUCAUCCACAACCAGAGUGGCAUCACGGCCCACUUCCAGUGGAAGCGUUUUGUUGAUGAGGAAGAGGAGGAGCGGCAGAAGCUGAGGCUGCAGAGGCAGGAAGAGGACAAGCUGGUUGAUGUUCCUAAGGAGCACGGGGUGGUCCCCCCUCUCAGAGAACACCCUUCCCUUCCCGUCUGCACCUCCCAGAGCCAGGGGACAGAGGUGCAGGGAGACUCCACGCCUUUCUGCAGUGAUAUUUUCACCAUUGUGCCCAUGGAGGGAGAUAUCUUGCCAAAUUCUUCACUUGAAAUCAAUGUGAUCUUUAAGCCCAAAGAAGCCAGAGUCUACCAAGAGGCAGCCUACUGUGACAUCUCAGGCUGUGAGACCAGGCUGCCCCUGUGCAUCAGCGGGGAAGGCGUCGGGCCCCAGGUGGAACUCAGCUGCGACCAGCUGAGCAUCGGGAAGGUGUUUGUUGGCUCAAGCCACAGCUACGGGGUGCUCCUGCUCAACAGAGGAGUUCCUGAGGCUCCCUUCAGCGUGGUGUAUCCGGAGAGAGGUCUGGACUCCUGCUAUGAGGUGGCUCUGCGUGGGGAGGCCUCAGGCAUCAGCUACCUCCUGGACACCACCGAGAUCGACUGCGGGCUGCAGGGUUACAUUGAACCUGGCAAGCAGCAAGUGCUGAAAGUCUAUUACCUGCCAGGAGUGCCUGGAGUCUUCUGCAGGGCUUUCCAGAUCCAAGUGGGUCACCUGGAGCCAGAAAAAGUCUGCCUGAAAGGAGAAGGGACCUUUCCCAGGAUCCACUUGGACCUGCCCAGGAACAUCAAAGGCAACGCCAAAUAUGAGAAGAUCCUCCAAAAGGCCCAAGAAAAGCUGGACAAAGGCAGCCAGAGAGACGAGGCCAUUGCUCUGGGGGAGGCUGUGGCAGCCGAGCCCCGCAUGGAUGACUCGGGCACCAUGAUCAGCUUUGAUAACUGGGCAGGGAGAGACACUGGAGUUCAUUUCUUUGGAGCUAUGAUCCUGCCUGAGAGAGCAGGAAGUGUCCCAGACACUGAGCAGUGA